CGAGUGUAUUUCAUCAUUUAGCCUUAUUAACCGAUAGUUCAUCAUUUAGCCUUAUUAACCGAUAGAGUUUUAUUUUUAAGCGAAUGUGAGAUUGGCUAAUUCAUCAUUCAAGCAUAAACUCAGAGCCAAAGAUUCUAAAACCAAUGAAAUCCAGUACUUAAUGUCUCCUCUACUAAACAUCGGCCAAGUCAUAAAAGGCAAGACCAAAUACCUACACCAUCAGCAAACAAUUAUACGACUUCGUUUUCCUAGCACAGUAAGUUCCAAACCCACAACCAGCUCACCACUUCCUCAUCCUCCUCACUUAUCUCCUUUCCCAGCCAGCUUACCAAACCCCAAAAAGCAAUUCAAAAGCACAAAAUGUAAUUAUCGAAAGCAUACGUGGCCACUGGCGAUUAAAAAACGAAGCCGAUAUCCUCAAACAUUUCCAAUCUAAAACGUCAAUAUCAUCUUUUCGACCAUUAAUCGAUGAGAUUAUUGAGCCGGCUGAUCCGCCAAGUAUUGUUCUCAGAUAUUUAGAUAAUGAUCUUUUGUCCGAAUCUUAUAAGAAAACUCUUACGAGAUCUGAAUUGAAAUUUGUCGCUAGAAGAGUUUUGCAAGCUUUGCAGGUUUUGCAUCAUGAUGGAUUUGUUCAUACCGGUAAGUAAUUUUCACUUUUCUAUAUUAAAUGUUAAAUUUCUAACUCUGGUAGAUGUGAAACCUGAUAAUAUUCUCGUAAAUCACGGGAAAGGCAAUGAACGGUUUUCCGAAGUCCAACUUGCUGAUUUCGGAGGUACCGUAUCUGUAGAGUCUAAAUGGGCAAAGGAAGGCCAUAUAGUUGGAACAUAUAAAUGGCGCAGUCCAGAAGUUCUACUCGGUAUGCCAUGGGGGACAUCAAGUGAUAUUUGGUCAUUCGGUUGUUCUGUAAGUCGAGAUUUUUCUUUUCUCCUAUCAAAUUCCGUCCAAUACUCACAUGAAUUGUUAAAUUUCUAGAUAUUAAUGCUAAUAUAUGGCGAUCAUUAUCCAUUGAAUCCCAAAAGUGGCGGGGUCGAAGUAAGUCGAUGAUGAAGAUUAUGACUUUGCGGUAUUGAGAAAACAUCAUCAAUACCUAGGUCCAUUUCCACUUUCCUUUCGUGAAAUUGCAGAUGAACCGACUCAGAAUGCUAUUGUUCUAGCAAUGCAAUUAGUACCUGCAGACAAAAUGAAACCGUUGCCUCGGAUUACGCAGAGGGAGAUUACGAAAGUGGAUAAUGCUUUUCUGCAGAAGAUCUUGAAAUUGGAUCAUCAGGAUCGACCGACUGUAAAGCAGUUUUUGGAGGAUGAGUGGUGGGAUGUUGAUUAGAGGCUUGGGAAGUAUAAGUAUUAAUAUGUGAGUGCUGGGCAGGACUUCAUUUGGUUGGGGAUUGUGCCUGAUGUUGGGGAUGGCAUCAUAAUUGGGUUGAAAUCUUUGUAUUUAAUGAUCAGGAUUCUUGAAAACACUCCUCUAUUCUAACGAAAAACUCCAAUAGU